CCUUCCCCUGGGCUGGCUCUGGGCGGGCCGCGGCCUCGACUGCAUCACACGUGUGGUUACGCGAAGAUGGCGGCUGCCGUGGCUGCUCAGGCCGGCUGCGCGCUGCGGGACUUGUCCGCGCUCAGAGCGGCUCUGCUGCGGAGGAAGCGCAGUGCGGUUGUUCAGUUAACCCCUAGACGAUGGUUAAACCUGCAGGAAUACCAGAGUAAGAAACUGAUGGCUGAUCAUGGGGUCACAGUUCAGAGAUUCUUCGUGGCUGACACCGCAAACGACGCUCUGGAGGCCGCUAAGAGACUAAAGGCUGGUGAAAUUGUAGUGAAGGCUCAAAUUUUGGCUGGUGGAAGAGGAAAGGGUGUUUUCAGCAGUGGACUCCAAGGAGGUGUGCAUCUUACUAAAGAGCCUAAAGUGGUAGGAGAGCUUGCUCAACAGAUGAUUGGAUACAAUCUCACAACAAAGCAAACCCCAAAGGAUGGAGUUAAAGUUAAGAAGGUUAUGGUGGCAGAAGCACUGAACAUCUCAAGAGAAACAUACUUUGCAAUAUUAAUGGAUCGUGCUUGCAAUGGACCGGUUCUGGUUGGCAGCCCAGAAGGGGGGGUUGACAUAGAAGAAGUAGCAGCUAAAACCCCAGAGCUCAUCUUCAAGGAGGAAAUAGAUAUUUUCGAAGGUGUGCGAGAGGCUCAAGCUCUGAAGAUGGCAGAAAAUCUAGGAUUCAAGGGGGCGCUACGACAGCAGGCUGCCGAUCAAAUUAAAAAGCUGUAUAAUCUUUUCCUGAAAAUUGAUGCCACUCAAGUGGAAGUGAAUCCCUUUGGCGAAACCCCAGAAGGACAAGUUGUGUGCUUUGAUGCCAAAAUAAACUUUGACGACAAUGCUGAGUUCAGGCAAAAAGACAUCUUUGCCAUGGAUGAGAAUGAGCCUAUCGAAAAUGAAGCUGCUCGUUAUGACUUGAAGUACAUAGGCAUGGAUGGAAAUAUUGCAUGUUUCGUCAAUGGAGCUGGGCUUGCUAUGGCAACCUGCGAUAUAAUUUACCUUAAUGGUGGAAAGCCUGCCAAUUUCCUGGAUCUGGGUGGAGGCGUGAAGGAAGCGCAAGUGUAUCAAGCAUUCAAAUUGCUCUCUGCUGAUCCCAAGGUUGAAGCGAUUUUAGUGAAUAUUUUUGGUGGGAUUGUGAACUGUGCCAUUGUUGCCAAUGGGAUCACUAAAGCGUGCCAGGAGCUUGAACUGAAGGUACCGCUGGUGGUCAGACUGGAAGGUACAAAUGUCCAUGAAGCCCAGCGCAUUCUGAAUGAAAGCGGACUUCCAAUAACUUCAGCAAGUGACCUUGAAGACGCCGCUAAGAAGGCAGUGGCCAGCGUGUCAAAGAAAUAAAAGCACUACCAAGAAAGAGAUCUCCGGUUCACAAUGUAUGACAUUCCCAAUGUUGCCUCAAAUGAUAUAUUUAGGAUUUUUUUUAUUCAACUUGAGUAAGGUUAGACUUGACCUCUCUGCCCUAUAUUGAACUGACAAAAUGUUCCACAUGUAGAAUUUCAGAUCUGUGUUAAUACUAAAGUUGCAGGGUCUGUGCUUUUCAGAUUAUUCUGACUAGCCUGUAAGGAGCUAUGAGGAAUAACUUCCGCGAUUAUAAUUCGGGUUUCUAUUAUUAAUGCUAUUAUUUUUUCUAAUUUUUCUAAAAUAUUUGGUAUAUCUUUAUGAUCCAAGAGCAGUAAAAGGCCAACAAUUCAGCCAUGUCGAUAGUCAUGGCCAGGUUCUAAAGAGUUCCACCACUAGUUCCUGACACGCAAGGGGAAUUUGGCCUCAAAAAUCAGCCGUUGUGGUAAAUUGCUUUCAGAAAUAGCUUAUGGUAUAGCAUGGACAGUGCUGGCUCCAGGUUUUGACAUGAUGCCUUCAGUGGAUCAUGCUAUCUGACAGACCCACUGUUUUGCUACGCAUUUACCCUCUAAUCCUUGAUCCCAUCCACAGUGAGAAGGGGAGGUGGUCUCUCAGAUGGGACCAGGAAAUGCAAACAAGAGAAGUUAGAAUCCAUCAGGCUUGUUUCUUGAUAUGGGUCAUUUGCCAGGUCAUGGCAGAGUUCUGUACAAAGCCGGCCACUUGCCCUAGAGACAAGCCUUUUGCCUUCAGGAGAAAAGGGAACAGUUUCCCUGGAUCUGUUCAUUAACUUGGGCAAUCCAGGAGCAGCUCUUUGGAUCCCAACCAUUAGGAUUUGAAUGAACGUUUCCAAUUGUCACUUGAGCCAAAUUAACGGCAAUAAUUUGUUGUUGUUUUCAUGCUGACAGUGUCUUUGUUUCUCACAUGCCUUAAUGAAACGUGUGUGCUUUGAUGCUCAAUGUAUACCUCAUACCAGAUGAAAAACAAGACGCAGUUGUGUGGAAGAGUCUCUUUUGUCUGCUGUAUCAUGGAUGAGUUUUAGAUCUUGGGAACUCUUUGAAAUAUUGAAGGAGAAACACUCUAAAUCUUUACAUUGUGGUACCACGUGUGGCCAUCUAAUAACUGAUUGUGAGCUGAGCUUCCGGAAUCAGUGUGCGUAGUAAUAGAAUUACCAUUCAUUUAAGGACAUUUCCUCUUUAGGGGGGAGACCUGUAAUGUGAAAAGGUAAACAAUCAUGGAAAAAUCUGGAGUGUGAUCCAGCUGAAGAUAAGCGCCUUCUAAGUUCCACUGGUUCCAGUGGAAUUGUUAAACGUAUGUGCUAUGAAAUUAUUUUAACUGAAAAAUACUUGAUGUCGGCUCGAUUGUGCUUUUGCUAUGUGGCAAAAAAAAAAUGCAUGCAAAGAAAAGAUGCAGCAAAACCUGUUUUUCAUCUCAGUAAUUAUAUUUCAUCAUGCUUAUGAGAAAGACUGUGAGAAGGGGGAAAGAAAAAAUGUGUGGAAAUCAAAGGUUUGACCCCGGUUUGACGGUGUCAUACAUGCUGGUUUGCAGAGGCGUAGCUGCAAGGGAGCGGGGAGUGCACGACGCAUCGGGGGGGCGCCCCUGUGGGGGUGUGGCGGGUUGGGGCGGGGGCGUUCCGGGGUGGAGCGGGACGGGAGCGGAGAGUGCACGGGGCACUUUUCCCCCUUGCUACGCCUCUGCUGGUUUGUUACACAAGAAACCCAAACAGGAAAUAGAGAUAUAAGCUACAUUGUUCUUCUGACACAAACCAGAAAUUAGGCUUUGAAUUUUUUUUCAAUGAUAUUUCAUAAAGAUGUGAAAAAUUUGUAAUUUAAUAAAAGAUGAAAUUUAUCUAUUAAAGUUCUAAUUGUUAAGUA